UCAAUGCCAUUGGUAAUUGGUACAGUGGCUGAAUAGUAGCAAAUGAUUUUAUAAACAUAUCAGGCCUUAAAAACACUCUCUCAAGGCGAGCAUUGUGGUAUCUUAGCAACAAUAUCUAAGACACGGUGCUAAGCAACAGAAAGGUCUGAGUAGCUUAUUAUAUCUCUAUGGUAGCAACAAGAAAAUUGUGCGGACUUGUGUUUCCUGGAUGGAAACAAUGUUAGCGCGUGCGCGCGUACGUACGUUCGAAAGUUGUUAUCUAUAGAAUUUCCAUAACAACUUUAAUAAAUGAAGCACAGUCAACAGGCAGCAGUAAGGUCUACAUAAUCAAUAAAACUUAUAUUUUUGGGUUAAAAAAUAAUCAGUAUGUGUGACAGUGAUUCAGCAGCAAUUGUUAUUGACAAUGGGAGUGGGAUGAUUAAAGCAGGUUUUGCUGGUGACGAUACCCCUAGAUCAGUUUUCCCGGCAGUCGUAGGUCGGCCUCGACAUCGCAGCGUUAUGAUCGGAGUAGGUACCAAAGAUGCGUACGUAGGCGAUGAAGCUCAAAGUAAAAGGGGCAUGCUUACGAUGAAGUAUCCGCUCGAGCAUGGGAUCGUGACAAACUGGGAUGACAUGGAGCGUGUAUGGAAACACGUAUUUGACAAUGAACUACGAGUUGCACCUGAGGAGCAUUCGGUGUUACUGACUGAAGCACCUUUAAAUCCAAAAGCGAAUCGUGAAAAAAUGACGCAGAUAAUGUUCGAAACAUUUAACACGCCGAAUAUGUAUGUGGGAAUCCAGGCAGUUUUGGCUUUGUACGCGUCUGGGCGAACGACUGGAAUCGUGCUUGACUCGGGCGACGGUGUUUCACAUACGGUACCCAUCUACGAGGGCUACGCCUUACCCCACGCAAUCAUGAGACUAGACCUUGCUGGCAGGGACCUCACUGAAUACAUGAUGAAGCUCUUGACAGAGAGAGGGUAUUCCUUUACAACAACAGCUGAGAGGGAGAUAGUGAAGGAUAUUAAAGAAAAGCUUUGCUACGUUGCACGGGAUUUUGAUUCCGAGAUGAAUGUUUCCGUUAGCAGUAUUGAAAAAACGUACGAAUUGCCUGACGGACAAGUGAUAACUGUCGGUAACGAACGGUUCAGGUGUCCGGAAGCAUUCUUUGAACCGUCAUUACUCGGGUUAGAAGCAGUCGGGCUUCACCAAACGGCCUACAACUCUAUCAUGAAGUGCGACAUCGAUAUCCGUAAAGACCUCUACGCUAACACAUGUCAAUCUGGAGGAAGCUCGAUGUUUGAAGGAUUUCCAGAACGAAUGGAGAAAGAGCUCACGAAACUGGCACCAAGCACGAUGAAAGUAAAGAUCAUCGCCCCACCUGAGCGCAAGUUUUCCGUCUGGAUCGGCGGAUCUAUCUUGUCGUCACUGUCGUCAUUUGAUACAAUGUGGAUCACGAAAGGUGAAUACGAUGAAACGGGUCCCAGUGUUGUGCACAGAAAAUGCUUCUAAAAAUGUUAAUACAGUGUCUUAUGAAUAUGUAAAUUCUCUUUGGAAAAGAUAACCUUGAAAGCAACAAUAUUUUUCCUUAAAGUUUACAUAAAUUAUGACUGCAAAUUCUCUUUAUAAUAAGCUACUGUAUAAACAUAAAUAUAAUAAA